AUGGCACGGAAACUGAGCCACCAGAGGGUCACUUAUGUGCUCCCUCUGCCUGAUGCCCCCGGCGGGCACCGGCUGGGAGUUAAUGGGUUGACCGUUGAUCCCCAAAACUCCAUCCUGUAUUCCGCCGGCCGUGACGGUGUCAUCUGUUCAUGGGAUCUCGAUUUCCCUCAAACUCCCUUCCACGCAUCAAAUCCAUACGCAAAUUCCAGCCGACAACCGGGCCCAACUCGUUUCAAGACCCAGGUUCAGGCCCACAGCCACUGGAUCAAUGAUAUUGUCUUGACCCAGGACAACUCCGCACUCGUAUCAGCAUCGUCAGAUACUACUGUUCGUCUCUGGCGACCACACUCAGAGUCUACUGAAGUUCCGGAGCGCAUUGGGAAACAUACGGAUUACGUCAAGGCGCUAGCCAGCCCCGGCGGCCAGGCCAACUGGGUUGCGUCGGGCGGACUUGAUCAUAAACUUUUCUUGUGGGAUCUCAAUGGCGGCGGAGAUAUCCUGAGUAUCGAUGCAUGCGAUGACGAUGCGACUGAAAAGGGCUCUAUCUAUGCCCUAGGGGCCGGCUCGUCGGUGCUCGCUAGCGGCGGGCCGGAGAACGUCGUCCGUGUAUGGGAUCCCAAAUCUGGGAAAUUAAUAACGAAGUUCGUAGGCCAUACAGACAAUGUUCGGGAUAUUUUGAUCAAUCAGAGCGGAGAUACCAUCAUGACUGCUUCGUCAGACCAGACCAUUAAGAUAUGGUCUCUCACCGCAGGACGUUGCAUGAAUACACUAACCAUGCACAAUGAUAGCGUCUGGUCUCUUUACUCAGAUCAUCCAGACCUCUCUGUCUUCUACUCCAGCGAUCGCUCAGGUUUGGUCGCCAAGACGGACACGCGGCGCUCGCCGGAUGUGGAGCAGGGCGUUUGCGUUGCAGCACUUCAAGAACAUGAAGGGGUCGUGAAAGUUGCGGUUUGCGGCGAUUUUAUCUGGACAGCUACACCCAAGUCGAGCAUUAACCGCUGGAAGGAUAUUGAUACCACGCUUGAGAUUGAGUCGCCGCCGGAACCUGUGCGCAACAUCGAUGCGGCUGCUGCUACACCGGAAACAGAUAAGACAAAGAAGAUCCCGUACAAUGCAGUGCUGCAACUAUCGGCAACGUCAACUCUGCUAGCGAGCACUUCCUCAUCGAGGGUUAAUACCCCAGAGCCUGAUUUGGGCACUGAUAUUGAGUUACCAAUCCCCGUGCAUACGCAGCCGGAAGAGAGCAUUGAGGGACAGCAUGGGUUGAUCAAAUGCUUGAUGCUGAAUGAUAGAAAGCGGACACUUACACAGGAUUCAGCAGGAGAGGUCGUCUUGUGGGAUCUGUUGAAGUGUGUCCCCGUGCAAGCUUAUGGCAAGCGCCACAUCGAAGAUGUAGCCGACCAACUCAAUACGACAGAGAGCAUUGCUCAUUGGUGCACGAUCGAUAUCCGCACUGGCAGACUUUCUGUGAUACUGGAACCUAACCGCUGCUUCGAUGCUGAGGUCUAUGCAGACGAGGCAGGCCUAUCAGAUGCCGACCUUUCGCAGUUCCGUGACGAUCAACGAAUCAACCUUGGCAAAUGGAUUCUGCGCUGGCUGUUUGCUCCCUUGGUGGACGAGGAGAUUCGCCGGGAUAGCGAGUAUCGCGAAACUGCUGUCGCAAAGGCCGAGGAACAUGCCAGGCUCAACCCUCUGAGUACUUCCAUCCCCGGUGAUGACAUUCCUCGUAGUGUUGGAAUUCCUAUCUCGCAGGAUCCCUCUACGUUGACCUUGCGUCCAAACCUUGAUUUCCCAGGAAGCCCCAACACUUCAGGCUUUGGGAUUAAUGUUGGCACGCCGUCUUCAGCAAAUUAUCUCAGCACGUCGAUGGCAAGCAGUGUCUCCCCAUUUCCGGGCUUCGAUGCAGACACUCCAGAUGUACCAUCCUCUCAUCCAAAUCCUGAUGCCGUGCCGUCUUCCUUUUCCGACAAAUCUGGUGACUACUUCUCAUCAAGAUUAGCCCAGGAUAACGAAAAGCAGCCCAUGUCCCCAAUUGACGGUAACCCAACCUCUGGACUUCCGCAGUCUCCAGCUGAGCCUGACAAGGAGGAACGUAAGAAGGGUAGCUCCUUGUUUGGCAAGAAGUUCCGCAUGGAUAUCAAAAAGCUGGGACGAACAUCAACGGAUCAGAAGCCACAGAUCCCUGAAGAAAAGAUCGAGGAAUCUGAGGUAUCAUCUGUAAAGGAGGAGAAGGUGUACGACCCCAACAUCAGUGGCGUGAUCGAUCGCAUUCGUCAUGAAUAUGACGAGUUCCUGGCUGCGAACCCAACUCGUGACUUGGUGACGGCCAUCACUCCCAGUCCAACGAGCGAGACCCCUCGUCUCCAUAUUCCCUCUCGGACUGCAGUUUUCAUUCAAGAAGAGACAGGUGAUACUGCAGUGGCCUCCGACCUCUAUCGAGGCAGUGUGGGUCGCAUCGGGCAAGAGAUUGAGCGACUGGAAAAAUCGAUCCCACAUUGGCUCGGGGAACUUCUUUUGAAGAAUCAAAUUCCAUUUAAGGAACAGGUCAAGAUUGCUUUCAUCUUAAAGCCUUUUGAUGACUUGCUUCCACCGGUCGUCAAACCCGAAGUUGCGACUGCAAAUGGAGGCCCCCCGCCCCUAAAUCCCAAUGGCAAUAACAGCUCCCGGCUGAACGCCAAUCGGAUGCUGCGUGCCAAGAAGGUGCUAGCCUACGUUGCUGAGCGCAUCGAUCCUCCGAACCCUGAUGAUCCAGAGGAUAGCGUCAUGCCAGCAGAGGAGUACCUUGAGCUCUACUGCCAAAAGAUAUUGUGUCCACCAAAUAUGACUCUUGCUACUAUUCGUUCGUGUCUCUGGCGCACGUCCGGGGACAUGAUUCUCUACUACAAGGCAAAUGGUAAGAAAGAGAUCCGAUCCCCUUCGUCUUUGACCAACCAUGAGAACCAUGGCACCAAUGGAGAUGCUGGACCUACCAACGGGAACCACCACGGCCCACCAGGCAGUAUCCACUCAAUGACGAACUCGGGAUCUGUGUCCGGAUCGGUAGUCACUUAA